AUGGCUCGGGGAGCACAGGUGGUGCCGGUGGAGCAUCCAGACUUUGAAAAACAACGUCUCGCCAACAUCGCCGAGCGAGAUGCGCUGCUCAAGAAAUUAACCCAAGAUGCCCAACAAGCAGGCCUCUACUCAAAACCUGCAACUGGAGCAGGAACACACAAGGGGCAAAAACGACCGGCAAAGCGCAAAGAGCAUCCUACGAAACGAGUCAAGCAAGAAGAAGUCCUGCCCCGGCGCACAUCGUCGAGAUUGGCCGGCAUCCAAGCGGACAGUGAAGUUGCGAAGCAGAAAGCAGACGAGGAAUAUGAGAAGGCCAAAGAAGCCGAGAGACAAAAGCGACUACGCGUCACUGGAGAUCUGAACUUUGCGGAUGGCUCCAGUCUGAUCGGUACGGAUGUGAUUCUCAAGGGCGUGGCGAAGCCGUAUGAACGCACAUUUCACGAGGAGGACAUUCGACAGACAAGUGACAAGGGCCUGAAGGCCCUGAGGGAGAGAAUGAGUUCGUUGCAGCUGUGGAAUGCUUGGGAACCAAAUCGGAUCAAGAUCACCCAUGAGAGGAUCUACAGCAUGGCAUUCCACCCGACGACGAGUAAGCCGAUUGUCUUUGCCGGAGAUAAGAUGGGCACAUUGGGCAUCGUGGAUGCGUCGCAGGAACCCGUCAAGGCUGUAAAGCAGGAAGAUGAAGAGGAAGAGGACGAAGACCCCCAAAUCACGAACAUCAAACCUCACACCCGGACCAUAUCUGCAAUGCACACCCACCCCUCAAAGCCCGAGACACUAUACACCGCAUCCUACGACUCUUCGAUCCGCGCGACGGAUCUUCAAAAGGCCGUCGCCGUCGAAGUCUACGGCCCCACCAACAAAGAAGACGACGAGCCCGUCUCCGGCAUCGACAUGGCGGCCCUCGACCCGAACAUUCUCUACUUCGCCACCUUGAACGGAGCAUUCGGCAAAUUUGACAUGCGGGAACCCCCCUCGUCCGCCGAGUUAUACCAGUUAUCUGAGAAGAAAAUCGGAGGUUUCUCCUUGAACCCGUUGGCGCCGCAUUACGUCGCGACCGCAUCUCUUGAUCGUUUCCUUCGGCUCUGGGACCUGCGGAAAAUCAGCAAAAAGUUGCCGACGUUGGUCGGCGAGCAUGAGUCGAGACUAAGCGUGAGUCACGCGGCGUUUAAUACGGCGGGACAGGUUGCGACGACAAGUUAUGACGAUACGAUCAAGAUCCAUUCGUUCGGUGUCAUCCACAACGUCCGCAGCAACAGCAAGAAAGGUACAAUUGCAUUGGAAAACAUGAGUUCAUGGAAACCCGGAUUUCAGCUUGACGAAGACGCAAUGAAGCCCGAAGUCGUCGUGAGGCAUAAUAACCAAACUGGUCGAUGGACAACCAUCCUCAAACCACGCUGGCAAAUGUAUCCGGAAGACAACAUCCAGAAGCUCGUUGUGGGGAAUAUGAAUCGGUUUGUCGACAUGUAUGCCGGCGACGGUACCCAACUAGCUCAACUUGGCGGUGAAGGGAUCACUGCUGUUCCUGCCGUUGCGGUUCUCCAUCCUUCUAAAGAGUGGGUCGCGGGCGGUACCUCGUCGGGGAAAUUAACGCUUUGGAUGUAA